AUGUCAGACUUAGCUAGUCAGCCAAAAGAAGGCUUGACCUCACAUCAGCCUUCUACAACUGUUGAAGAAAAACAAAACCAUAUGUUAACUAAGUCAGAGUACAUGGACCCAGAGUCGAACGAAGAAGCAGGGGAGCAAGAGCAGCGUCGCCUUCAUGUUGAGAUCUCUGCUGUAGAAAAUGGAUAUGCCCGCAAAGUGUACUGCCUUAAUAAGAUCAUUGACGAGCAUAUUGGAAUGACUCGGUGGCAGUGGGGUUUGCUGUUCGUUGCAGGUAUGGGCUGGUUCCUUGAUAAUGCGUGGCUGCAAUUAAUUGCUGUGAUCCUACCACAAAUCCAAGUCGAAUUCUUCACAGAUGGGUAUCAAGAAGCGCAUAUUUUUACGUCUAACCCUGCCUGGGUGACCUUCUCUCUUUUCGUAGGCAUGUUGGUGGGCGCGAGCUUUUGGGGCUAUGCCGCUGACAUUGUCGGCCGUCGCUUGUCAUUCAACAUUACCUUGUUUAUCUGUGGUGUGUUUGCCAUUGCUUCUGGAGGCGCAAAAACGUUUGCUGCUCUCGCUGCCUUGGUUGGUGUGUCAUGUUUCGGUAUUGGUGGCAGUCUUCCUGUGGACGGUAUGCUGUUCCUUGAAUUCCUUCCCGGAAGCCAUCAAUACCUGCUUACAUUGUUAUCUGUCUUUUGGUCACUCGGUCAGCUAGUUACUUCGCUGAUCGGCUGGGGCUUUAUCUCUCGCUGGAAUUGUGAAUCGCACGAUGCGUGUGCGAUAAAUCGUACAUCGCAGGGCUGGCUGGCUGGCAAUGUCGGCUGGCGUUAUCUGAUUUUUACCACAGGCGCUUACACUCUCUUUGUCUUUUUCAUUCGUUUUGUUAUUUUCCGCAUUCCGGAGAGCCCUAAGUUCUACCUGUCAAAGGGUCGUGAUGCAGAAGCUGUCCAGGCAAUGCACGAGUUUGCGCGUAAGUGCGGCAAGCCGCUGCCGGAAGGCAUGUUGACUGUUGGUAAACUGAGGAGCAUUGCUGGCGAAGAAGAGUUUAUGGAUGCGGUAGAAGGCCCUGUGGAAACGCACAAGAGCAUGACGGCCUACUUCACGUAUUGGUGGAACGAUAUUAAGUACAACUUCCAGCACUCGAAGCGUGUGUCUCCGUUCGCCCAGAUUGCACCCCUUUUCUCAACCAUUUCACUAGGCUAUACCACUGUCGUUACAUGGUUACUCUGGCUGCUGAUUGGACUGGCCUACCCGCUCUUUAAUUCGUUCAUUAUUCUGUACCUCGGCUCCAAAGGUGAUACUUCGCUGAGCCGUAACUACCGCAACUAUGUCAUUAUCUCUGUUUGUGGUGUGCCAGGCAGUGUGAUCGGUGCCUGGAUGGUAACAUGGCCGCUGGCUGGUCGUCGUGGUGCUAUGGCUAUUGGUACCAUUCUCUCGGGCAUUUUCUUGUUCAUUUUCAUCGCAGAUGGUCACACUGCUGAGCGUCAACUGGCUUACUUUGCUGUGACCAACUUUUUCGAAAAUAUCAUGUACGGUGUACUUUACUGCUACACACCGGAAAUGUUCCCGGCUCCCUUGCGUGGCACGGCUGAUGGUAUCGCUGCUAUGAUGAACCGGAUUAUGGGUGUGGUGGCUACUCUGAUUAAAAUCUAUACGACGACGCGUGACCAAAGCACUGGCUCGAGCUCGCAGGCGGCGCCCCUGUAUACAUCUGCUGCUCUGUUUGUGGCUUCAGGCUUGCUCAUGCUAACCUUGCGUGUGGAAACUGCGUCGCGUACGGCUCUAUAA